ACAGCAGCAUGAGUGGCCAGGACAAGCAGGAACAAGCUGCUGCAGGGGGCAGGAGGGUCAGUGGUCAGCAGAUGAAGCAACUUGCUGCUGGUAACUCUGGCAACAAAGGAGAGAGGAAGUUUGUGUGUCUGGAGUGUGGGAAAGAAUUCACCUCAAGGGGAGGCCUUGGAUAUCACACCCAUACACACACUGGUGUGAAGAACUAUGAAUGUAAGGAAUGUAGCAAAAAAUUCAUCUGUAAGAGUCACCUUGAUACACACACCCUUACACACACUGGUGUGAAGAACUAUGAAUGUAAGGAAUGUGGGAAAAAAUUCAGCCAGAAGGGUGACCUUGAUAAACACACCCUUACACACACUGGUGUGAAGAACUAUGAAUGUAAGGAAUGUGGGAAAAAAUUCAUCCAGAAGGGUAACCUUGAUAGACACACCCUUACACACACUGGUGUGAAGAACUAUGAAUGUAAGGAAUGUGGGAAAAAAUUCAUCCAGAAGAGUGACCUUGAUAGACACACCCUUACACACAUUGGUGUGAAGAACUAUGAAUGUAAGGAAUGUGGUAAAAAAUUCAUCCAGAAGAGUGACCUUGAUAGACACACCCUUACACACACUGGUGUGAAGAACUAUGAAUGUAAGGAAUGUGGGAAAAAAUUCAGCCGGAAGGAUACCCUUGAUACACACACCCUUACACACACUGGUGUGAAGAACUAUGAAUGUAAGGAAUGUGGGAAAAAAUUCAUCCAGAAGGGUACCCUUGAUACACACACCCUUACACACACUGGUGUGAAGAACUAUGAAUGUAAGGAAUGUGGGAAAAAAUUCAGCGAGAAGGGUACCCUUAAAAGACACACCCGUACACACACUGGUGUGAAGAACUAUGAAUGUAAGGAAUGUGGGAAAAAGUUCAGCCAGAAGGGGCACUUUAAAAGACACACCCUUACACACAAUGGUGUGAAGAACUAUGAAUGUAAGGAAUGUGGGAAAAAAUUAAUCCGGAAGAGUCACCUUGAUACACACACCCUUACACACACUGGUGUGAAGAACUAUGAAUGUAAGGAAUGUGGGAAAAAAUUCAGCGAGAAGGGUCACCUUAAAAGACACACCCUUACACACACUGGUGUGAAGAACUAUGAAUGUGAGGAAUGUGGGAAAAAAUUCAGCCGGAAGGGUACCCUUGAUACACACACCCUUACACACACUGGUGUGAAGAACUAUGAAUGUAAGGAAUGUGGGAAAAAAUUAAUCCGGAAGAGUCACCUUGAUACACACACCCUUACACACACUGGUGUGAAGAACUAUGAAUGUAAGGAAUGUGGGAAAAAAUUCAUCCAGAAGGGUCACCUUGAUACACACACCCUUACACACACUGGUGUAAAAAGUCAUGAGUGUGAAGAGUGCGGGAAGAGGUUCAGUAGGAAGCAGGCACUAAAUCAACACGUCUUCAGGCACUAUGGCCUUAGAGAGUUCAAGUGUGAUGUUUGUGGAAAGCUCUUUAAGACAAGGAGUGACAUUGCCAGGCACAUGAAGAUCCACUUCUGAAGUGUGUCUGCCUACAGUAGUUGUAGUGACCAGGGUGUUAGCAGCAGCUGAGCCUGAUAGGGAAAGGGAAGUGAAGGAGAGGUAAAAGUGAUCUUGUAAGACAAGGAAGAAAGAAGGCUUGCCUGUGAAGUGAUAAAAGGAGAGGAGCCACAGCAAGAAGAGGAAGGGAAAUACUGAUGGCUGACUUUCCACAGCUGUGGCAGCUGCACCUGGGCCUGGAGCCUGGUUGAGUCUCACAGCUACAGUGAAUUACUUACUUCUCUGUGAGGUGAGGGGCAAGAGAAUGUCACCUAACACUAAAAUAGCUGGAACAUGUAUUUAUAAACCAUUGCUGCAGCAAAAGAAUCAAUGCCUUACAGUGGUGUGCUUCACCCAAGAGUACCACAGAUGCAAGGGCUUCCUGAAAAUGAUGCUCCGUGCCCCUCCCUUGGGCUGUGUCGCCAACAGACAGGGAGGAAGUCAAGUGAAGGAAUAAACAGCUCUGAACACCUACAACCAUGCAAGGGCAACUGACAUUGCCUUGGAAAGUUGUUAUUUAAUGACAAUUAAAAAUAAAAGUCAUAUUGGAAAAGCUGAAUAUUAAAUGGAAUGAACAUCAACAUGUCAGAAGUGGCACUGUUGAGGCAAUACUUGGAUCCAGCAGCAACAGUCUCAACUCAACUCUUCCUGGCCUUGUUGUUGGCAGGGUGUGCUGGUCUGUGCCUCCCUCCCCUGCUGCCUCCAUGCUAAGAAGGAACUGAGAGAGAGAGAGAGAGCCCAUGAAGUGACACAAGGCCACAGAGGUGACAGCAUCAGGAAGGUUGUUGCUGCUGCAUGGAGGCAGGGUGUGCUGGUCUGUGCCUCCCUCACCCUGUUCCCGCCAGGACUGCCUCUGAGUGGCCGUGGCAGUACAGUUUCCUGACGUUCCUCAUGUAAGUUUGAGACCAGUCAGCUUGCAGGUUCCAGUUGUUGGCGCGCGGAGUGUCUGAGGUCUCCUGCACCCACAACUCACAAAGGGUUCUUCAGGCGCGAGAAGCUGGAGGAGAUAAAGGCACACCGGGCAAGGCUGCAGAGUGCCCCCACCGGCGUCAGUAACCCAACAGCCACCGGAGAGUAGAGUCAGAGCCACCAGCCGCCAGUGUACGUACUGUCUGUGUUGGGCUGGCCGGGUUAUCGUAGACACAGCGCCACGCCAAAGAUUCCCAAGUGUUGUAGUGACGUGUAAGUCUGUAUGGAGCUGGUGCAGUGUAGGCACAUUUUUGCUGAUAUGUACAAAAAAACCCUUUGCCCUUACAUUUCCUUCAAUAACUCUUAAACUACUAAUUUCUAGGCAAUAUACAAUAUAGAUGACAUUGUUGAGUGAA